AUGGGUGAAAUUGUGGAGUACAUAACGGAGGACGGUCGACGUGGCGAUCGGAUUCAUCAUCGAUGUCAGCCUCUGCACCUGGACUGGUUGUCAGGAUUCAAUCCGCGUGUUCCGUUGCUGAAUGUCAGUAGCAAUAGGGAGCGCCGAGAGUUGGUGCUGGCCACGGCUAAUGUCCUGCUGUUCUACUAUUACGAUGGCGAUCGUGAAAAGAUCCUUCCCGUACUUGGACACAAAAGCCACAUUAACAUGAUCGGAUGUGAUGGCAGUGGACGGUUCGUGGUAAGCUCGGACACCAGUUACAGCAUCAACGUGUGGGACCGUGACUCGGUGCCGGUGGACGAUGCACAAUCGCCGCUCGCAAUACGAACCAUCUUCGAACCGUUCAAGGGAACGGAAAUCAAUGCGGUAGCGAUGAGUCACGAGGGUAAGUUUCUGUUGGCCGGCGGAGGAGCUGCCCAGUGUAGCCAACUGAAAAUCUGGUCCUGGACGGUUGGAAACGAUUUCCCGGAUGACACGAUAGCACUUCCGGCACGGCUGGGACGCAUCAAGGCACUGCGCUUCUGCGUGGACCGUGGCCGCCGGAACCAGUUUGUCGUGACGAUGGAAAGCUGCGUCGUGUUCGGGGCUUGGGAUGCGAAGGAACAGAAGCUAUCGAUCCAGGUACCGAAGCGGCACGGUUUUCAGGAUUACAACGAUUCGGUGUUUGUGGAGGGCACCGAUCGAGCGGUUUCGGUGACCGGGGCCGGUAUGGCCAUCUUAUGGAGCGAUGAUCGAAAGGCGCAACCCGAGGGUGCCGGUGGGACACUGCUUCGUAAGGAGUUUCUCAAGUAUCUGCACCUCAAGUACGCCUCGAUAAAUGUGGUUCGCUCGUGUGACGAGAAGAUCGUUACCGGGGAUGAUGAUGGUGAGAUACGGUUUUACGACAACUCGAUGAAGAUUCUGUACUGGUUCAAGCAGGAGGACCUGGAACCGAUUCGAACGCUAUCUUUCGAGCUCUCCGGAACGCGCCAGAUGAAAAAGGUUGCACGGGAUAAUGAGCCGAUUUCGGUCGGAGAACAGUCCACUACCGAAACAGAACAUGAGAAACAGGCUGUUGAGUUGCCAAUUGAAGAAAUCGCCCCGAAAGAUGUUUCGUUCGAUGCAAAGCCUGUGAUCGUGCGUGGAUUCGUUUCCGCAACAAAAUCGGGCAAAAUCUACGACAUCGAUAUCGUGUACAACAAAAUUCAGGAGCUCUUUCUACCCUCAUCCAGCAUUAUCACCGCCGUUGAUGUGCAUCCCAUAAGAUCCGAGUUGUGCACCUGUGACGGUAAUGGGCGGAUGGUGAUUUAUGAUUUGAAAACGAAAACUCCCACUAAGACGCUAGACGUGCCGAUACAGCGUACACGACGUGGCAGGAUAACAACGCUGGCGUACUCUCCAUGUGGAACAUUCCUUGCGGGUGGAGCUGAAAACGGAUAUCUGUGGAUGAUCGAACCGAGUGUAAUGAUUCUUAGCGCCAACAGUCCGCUACAAUUUAGCAACGAAAAGCUGCGUAUGAUAAUGUUUUCAGGCGAUAGUAAACAUCUCGUUUGUGUGGAGGAACUGAAUAACAUCGCCGUUCUGCAGCGGGAAAAGGAUAGCUGGAAAACGAUGGGCCGUUGUGCAUCGCACAAGGUGGUCGAUUUAACCUUUCUCAAUGUAGCUGAAUUUGUGUCAAUCGGUGAAGAUCGUCACAUGGUCCAGUACUCGAUUGCCGGUAGCGAGCAAACUCAGCUGGCACCGCUGGCGAUCGUGAAGCGAAGGCGCAUCGAGCAAUCGGCCCUUCCAACGGCAAUGCUUCUUCUGCCCGUCGAUCAACUGCUGGUCGCUAAUGAUCAGCUAAAGUUCAAACUUUUUAACGCCAAGACGUUCGAGAUUCUGCACACCUUUCUGGGACCAUUCCAUGAUGGUCCAGCGCGAUGCUUACGGCUACUUCCCGGUGAAACCUUUUUUCUCUUUACCACGAACAACAACAUCUACCUUCACCAGUUGCCGAUCGAUGGCAAUCCGUUCAAGUAUUUGGCCGUCCGAGGACAUCCGAAGCGACUGAAAUGGAUGCAGCUCACUGGUGGACCGGAACGGUAUGCAGUGAGCUACGGUGAAGGUGAUCAUGCGAUCGCUUUGUGGAAAGUAAACACUAGCCCGGUGCUGGACAAUUUAAGGCAUGCCGGAACUGGGUUGGAUCCGUUCUGUGCCCUCUUGCCGGGUGGUAAGAGUGGCUGCUAUGUGCGAGAGAUGUUGAGUUUGUUCUUCUACAACCAGAUUUCACCUAAAAAUAGUGACGGUGAUGCAGAGCUCACGCUUCGCGAUGCGAUGGAAACAAAAGAUGUUCCGAACUAUAUGAGAAGCAUUGGGUUCCAUAUGAGCCAAUAUGAAGAACAAAAUCUUUGUAAAGAAAUGGAACUGUUAGGAACCGGCUGUCUCACCUUCGAGGAAGUCGUUAAGUUGUUUCUCAACCACCGCACGAGUCAUUCUCCCAGCAACGAAGACAUCCGAAUGGCCGUCACCUAUCUCGGUGCCACAGUGGAAUCCGGCACGCAAGUGGAUCUACUGAAGUUACGCGAACUGCUGGCCACUAUCGGUGAGCCAAUCGAUGACAAAACGGCGGAUUUUUACUGCAAAGUUCUUUUCCCAGCUGUUCAAUCGAUGGAUGAUACCGUUAAGAACGAUACUGAUGUGGCAAACAGUGAUUGCGAAGAGCAACAAAGACUGCAUCUUAUUAGCAUCGAUGAGUUUACCGAAAGGCUCGGUUGA